AAAGAGUUUAAGCGCUUUAUUUUCACUAACUUUCUAGAACUCCUUUCUUUCCCUCAUCAUCCACUCUCAGCUCAUCCGGUUCCCCUCUCUCUCCUCUCUAUUCCUCGUCUCUCUCAAUCUCUAUCUCAACUCACCUCCUUUUUUCUCUCUCAUCUCCAAGCAGCGACGAACGUCGUUCCUCCUAUUGACCAACAAGCGGCUGAAUCACUCCGUAAGGGUGAGAGCAAGCAAUCUGAUGAAGUAGAUGUGAUUUCCUUACAAAAAAGUAGUGGUACUGUUCCUUUGCGGGACAAUUUUGGAAAAUUAAGCAGUAGUCCUGCUAAUUACAGUGAAAAUAAAUCAAGUAGUGAUGAUAUUAGUAAAGUUAGCAAGCAAGAAGUAGGGAAGGAUGUUACCAAAAAACCCAACUUAAAUCUAAAGUCUAUUGUUAAAGAUAGUGAUUGGACUGAGCUCCUUAAUACUCCCAAAAAGCCGACUGUUACGAAGACGAACCGCCGCAGUGGAGUACAGAAAGAUGGGGGAGAGGUUGUAAAAGGGGGGUUGAAUGUUAAGGGUAAUGGUAAAGUUAUGGGAAAUACAGUGAGGAAAGCAUGUUACGGGGAUGCUGAGAAAACAAAUAGAGGUGGUGAUUUGAGUACGGGAUCUAACAGGAAGAUUGUUGAGGAAUUGCAGUCCAGCUCAAAAUUGGAAAAUGUGGAAGGUAAAAAGAAGGUAGAACAUGAAAGAGGUUUGAUGGGGGAUGAGGAUGGGUGUUUAGAAGAUGACAAGUCUACAAUGAAGGUUGAUUCAACAUCUUUGGGGUAUAGCGAGUCUGUGUCUGCUCCGGUGUCUGAUGAAGGGAUAAAAACUGUUUGUGAUGAUGAAAAAACUGAGAGUGGUACUUUGAGAACGAGAAGUCAUGAUGAAGAUAUUGCUGCGAUUCUCGCUGGGGAUGCUACCACAGUCUCCUCGCGAUCAAAGGAAAUCUGAAACUUCAAGUAUAUCUUUGUGGCUUAAUUUGGGGCUGUUUGGUGGAGCUGGUGUGGCCGGGCUGCCGUGGUGGUGCGGACAUGGGAGCUUGAUUGUCGGUGAGUGGCGGCUGUGAAUUGCUGCUGUUGUCGAGUGAAGAAGAUGAAAUGGAGUGGUCGGCUAGUCAUGAGUUCGAGACCCAGCAACAAUAAUGUCAUUUUUUUUUUCUUUGUUCUAUUGAAUGUAAAGUGUGGGAAGGUCAAGGGUUCGAAACCCAGUAGCCACACUGCAACCUUUGAUUUUGAUUUUGAUUUUGUUUUCUUUAUUAUUUCUUGUGGCAUGAAGUCAUGGGUUCAAGCCCACUUGACCAAAAUUUGUGUUUCCUUUUGAUGCAAAUAAAUCCAAUGCUCACCUAAACACCAACAAAAACCACAAUUAGUAUUAUUUAUGUAACAAGAUGACUAAAAUAAUACCAAAAUGAUUAUAAAUGAAAAUCUUCUAAGGCCGUGUGUUUUUGUAUGGAAAUUAAUUUGUUGAUGGAGUUUUGCGCGGGAUCACAACAAAUUUUGGUACUUCAAUUGCAUUCAAGAAAAUCGAAUCAAGAUCUACUUCAACACCAUUGCAGCUUGAUAGAAGCCCUCGCGGAAAGUUGUAUGAAGAAGCAGCGAAUUGAAAGAGGAGCGAUUGUACUAGCAGAUAUCUAUUAUAACGAUCUAUGUUUUGUCAAAGUAUAAUUUAAUUCGAUUUAUUUUGAUAUGUAUUUGGAUGUUACUGAUUUCUAUUUUAGAUGUCGUAUGACUU